UGCUUCUGCUGAAAGAAUUUAACCCAGAAUGCAUCAGGGCAGACACUGUCCAGACAUGAUAUCCACUGACAGUAAAAACAUGAAACAUAUGCAUUGAAAGGAAAUAAAUAAUGAAAAUCUCUUGUCCUGGGUUGCUGGUAUUGAUUAACUGUCUCCCACAGGGGGAGCUCCUGAGCCCAUGCCGGUGCAGUGGGUCAGUACGCUGCACCCACCAUCCCUGCCUCAUCAAAUGGAUCAGCGAGAGAGGCUCCUGGGCCUGUGAACUCUGCUACUACAAAUAUCAGGUCAUUGCCAUCAGCACCAAGAACCCAUUACAGUGGCAGGCCAUCUCCUUGACAGUGAUAGAGAAAGUGCAGAUAGCAGCAGCCAUCUUGGGCUCCCUGUUCCUGAUGGCGAGCAUCUCCUGGCUGGUGUGGUCGUCUUUCAGCCCGUCAGCCCGCUGGCAGCGACAAGACCUGCUUUUCCAGAUCUGCUACGGAAUGUACGGCUUUAUGGAUAUCGUCUGCAUCGCACUAAUUGUCCACGAGGGACCUUCUGUGUUUCGCAUCUUCCACCGCUGGCAGGCCGUGAACCAGCAGUGGAAAGUCCUGAACUAUGAUAAGUCUAUGGACAGUGAUGACCUGAAGAAUGCCACUGUGGACAGGACUCUGUCUCAGCCCAGCCCGGUCUACCAGACUGGGGUAGGGGUGUCCACCUCCACCUCCUCGCUCAUGGUGGUAGCCUCCACAGCCGACGGCUCCACCUCUACAACCAUGGUGACGGCUGCGGGAGGACUGGGAACACAUGUGGACCCCAACAGCGGCAGCACAGUGCCAGACCAACACUGUCCCUACAACAUCCUCCACCUCCUCAGCCAUCUCAGGCAGCCGGAGGCCCGCAGCCAACCCAGCAAUAGCACACGAGAGCUGGUCAUGAGAGUCACUACAGUCUGAGGAGUCAGUUGAGGCCUUAUCUCACACGGAGGUGAAAGAUUUAUGAACCAGCUGACAGUUGAAAAAAAAGUCAUAUCUUAACUGCACUGGAUUAAUACCAUGUUCUUGUUUGUUUC